AUGAACACGAACAUUGAUGGCCGGCGGAAAAUCUCCUUUGCCAUAACAUCCAUCAGGGGUGUUGGUCGCAGAUUUGCUACUGUCGUGUGCAAGAAGGCCAAUGUUGACAUCAGGAAAAGAGCUGGAGAGCUGUCAGAAGAGGAGGUGGAGCGCAUUGUUACAGUCAUGACGAACCCUCGCCAAUACAAGAUCCCAGACUGGUUUCUUAACAGACAGAAGGACAUUAAGGAUGGGCGGUUUACUCAGGUGCUUAGUAACGGCCUUGACAAUAAACUCCGUGAAGAUCUUGAACGACUGAAAAAGAUCCGUGCCCACAGAUGUCUGAGACACUACUGGGGCCUUCGUGUCAGAGGGCAGCACACCAAGACCACGGGCAGGCGAGGGCGAACUGUGGGUGUGGCCAAGAAGAAGUAA